GGGUGAGUACAGGCGAUCCUCCUAUUGUACCGCAUUAUCUUGUGCAAAGAGCGGUCUUGGAGCGGUUGAAUUCUGACUGAUGGGGAUAAAGUCAACAUGGCUGUUAUCUAUUAUUGCCGUGCUGGGGAGUACGUUUGCAACGGCUCUCAGCAUCCGGUGGUUGUUUGAUAGGAUGGAUUGGGGAGUAUAAGAGCGUGGCGCUACUUUUCUUCUUUUUGCUCUCGCGGAAUACACUCAUCUCAUGUUGGCAUAAUCUCGUCCAUCUAUCAUGUUUAAUCUUAUAAGUCUCCUCACUCUCGCGGCCUCGGCCAGCGCACACUACACAUUCCCUGCUCUUAUCGCGGGAGGAGUCACCACUUCCGAAUGGAAAUACGUCCGUCAAUGGACCAACUAUCAAUCCAAUGGCCCCGUGACCGACGUCUCGAAAGUCGAUAUCCGUUGCAAUGUCGGAGGGGCGACCAAACAGGCCUCCGGGAUCCAAAGCGUCGCCGCCGGAUCGAAAAUCGGCUUCACGGUUGCCCCAGAUAUCUACCAUCCUGGACCUCUCAUGGCGUAUAUGGCGAAGGUUCCAGCGGGGAAGACGGCCGCGGACUGGGAUGGGAGUGGGAGUGUUUGGUUCAAGAUCUUCGAGCAAGGUCCGAAUUUUGGGAGUAGUUUAACUUGGCCUAGUAAUGGUUCGUCUACCUUUCCUCCCUCUCCCUUCCAACAUCACAUAACACUUUUCCCAAAACUAACACUCCACCUUCUAGGCAUGACCAAAGCCGAGUUCACCAUCCCACCCGCCACGCCCUCGGGCGAUUACCUGUUCCGCAUCGAACAUAUCGGGCUGCACUCCGCUUCUGGCGCCAAUGGAGCGCAGUUCUAUAUCUCGUGCGCUCAGAUCACGGUUACUAAUGGAGGCAAUGGGAAGCCGGGCCCCCUUGUUGCGUUCCCGGGCGCGUAUAAGGCGACGGAUCCCGGGUUGAUGAUUAAUAUUUAUUAUCCGGUUCCGACUAGUUAUGUGAUGCCUGGGCCGAAGGUUUGGAGUGGGUAG